UUUUUUUUUCUUUACAAUCAUGGACGAAUCCAAUCAACCAACUACUCAACUUGUAGAUGAAAAGUUUGAGGAACGUGUACGAUGGUUUACUGAAUUUAUGGAAAGCGAACAUACAACUGAAAAAGGAAGUUAUCGAUCUCAAAUUGCAGGAUUACUUUCCAGUGAACAACGACGUUUAUUAGUCAGUAUUGAUGCUAUUCGUCAAUAUGAUAGAUCUUAUGCCAAAGACAUUAUCAACAAUCCAAAUGAAUACCUUCCAGCUUUUGAUAAGGCUCUCAAAGAAUUAGUUAUGGUAGAACAUGAUCCUUCAAGACAUGAUAUUGCCAAUCUUCCUUUUUAUGUUGGUUUACGAGGUAGUUUUGGUGAUAACCAUGUGAAUCCACGUACUUUACGUGCAAUGUAUCUAGGCAAGCUCGUUUGUAUUGAAGGCAUUGUAACUCGAUGUUCAUUGGUACGUCCCAAGGUGGUUCAAUCUGUACACUAUGCUGAAAAAACCAAACGACAUUAUAUGCGUGAAUAUCGUGAUUCUACUACUCCUGGAAAUUCUAUCCCUACUGGAGCUGUAUAUCCUACUGAAGAUGAUAAUGGGGAUCCUUUGGUAACUGAAUUUGGUUACAGUACUUAUCGUGAUCAUCAAAGUAUCAGUAUUCAAGAAAUGCCAGAACGUGCUCCUGCUGGUCAAUUACCUCGUUCUAUUGAUGUUAUUUUGGAUGAUGAUUUGGUCGAUCAAGCAAAACCAGGUGAUCGUGUUAGUAUUGUUGGUAUCUAUCGAUCCAUGGGUAACCGAAAUGCUAAACAAACAAGUUCAACUUUCAAAACUGUCAUUCUUUGCAAUCAAAUCAGCUUACUUAGUACAAAAUCCGGUGGUGGUAUUGCUUCCCCCAUCAUCACUGAUAUGGAUAUUCGCAACAUUACUCAAUUGGCCAAAAAACGUGGUGUCUUUGAUAUUCUUUCCCAAUCCCUAGCGCCAUCUAUUUGGGGACAUGAUUAUAUCAAGAAAGCUGUCUUGUUGAUGUUAUUGGGUGGUGUGGAAAAGAAUUUGGAUAAUGGAACUCAUAUUAGAGGUGACAUUAAUUUACUCAUGGUGGGCGAUCCUUCAACAGCGAAAUCUCAGAUUCUUCGUUAUGUUUUAAACACUGCACCUUUAGCAAUUGCUACUACUGGUCGUGGUUCUUCUGGUGUUGGUUUAACAGCUGCUGUGACAAGUGACAAAGAAACAGGUGAACGCCGUUUAGAAGCUGGUGCAAUGGUACUUGCCGAUCGUGGUGUGGUAUGUAUUGAUGAAUUCGACAAGAUGAGCGACGUUGACCGAGUAGCGAUUCAUGAAGUCAUGGAACAACAAACUGUAACGAUUGCCAAGGCUGGGAUCCAUACAUCAUUGAAUGCUCGAUGUAGUGUUGUUGCAGCUGCCAAUCCUAUUUAUGGACAAUAUGAUAUUACCAAGGAUCCUGGUAAAAAUAUUGCCUUGCCUGAUUCCUUGUUAUCUCGGUUUGAUUUACUAUUUGUUGUAACGGAUACGAUUGAUGAUACUCGCGAUCGAAUGAUUUCAGAACAUGUACUUAGUAUGCAUCGCUAUAUUCCUACUGGUUUGGAAGAAGGUGCUCCUAUCAAUGAACAAAUGGAAAAUCCUAUGGGUGAAGAAGACGAUGAAGAAGUGGCCGAUGAUGGCGAAAUUUAUGAAAAAUUCAAUCGAUUCCUCCAUUCUGGUGUGGCCCAUGAUAGAUCAUCUACUACUAAAGUACUCAAAUCCAAUUUCCUCAAGAAGUAUAUAUACUAUGUCAAACACAAAACCAAUCCUGUCCUGACCAAACGUGCUACUGAUACAAUUAUCAACGAAUAUACCUCAUUACGAAACGAUAAAGACGAAGAUUCAAGGAAAAAGACCUCACCAGUGACAGCUCGUACAUUAGAAACCCUUAUUCGUUUAUCAACAGCACACGCCAAGGCAAGACUUAGUAAUCGAGUGGAUCAAAAGGAUGCCAAGGCAGCAGCAGAAAUUCUACGUGUGGCGAUGUUUAAGGAAGUGAUCAAAUCUAGUAAGAAAACGAAACGUAGAAGGGUGACUCAAGGAUCGGAUGAUGAAGAAGAAUCUGAAGAAGAAUCUGAAGAAGAAUCCGAUGAUGAAUCCAAUGAAGGAAGUGAUGAAGAUAUGGAACAAGAUAAACCAACGACUAGUACACGGUCUGAACGAGCAGCGAGAAGAUCAGAGACUGAACCUAUGGAUGAAGACGUAGAUAUGGAAGAAAAUGAAUUAUCAGAAGAAAGAUUGGCACUAUUCCGUUCGCGUGUCCAUCAAGUGACAAGAGGACAAUUUGCUGGUGAAAGUGAAAUUGGAUUUGAUCAAAUGUUUGAAGCAAUCAAUGACGGAUUAUCAUCACAACAUGGAUUUUCUAUAUCAGAAGCAGAUGAAGCUUUACGUAAAAUGUCAGAAAUGAAUCAAAUCAUGUACUCCGAUGGAAUCUGUUACACGAUCUAGGCCAUAUCUUUUCUUUUUGUUUUUUUUUAAUAUCUUUUUUCAUUAUUUAUACUUUUUUUUCUCCUA